GCAUUAGUCUAAUGAGAUGUGUGCAGCCGGAGAGCAGGGCUGCUGGAGACUAACUGUGAGCUUCUAACACCCGGGUGGACGCUUAGCUUUUGCAGUACCCGGUUUGCAUGUACCGAAAGUCUUCUGCCUCCUGAGCCAACCUCCCCGGCCCGGUAAAGAACCUGACCAGGGCUCUGGUGAGCCCGCUGUAGCGCCUCUUCUGCCUGUGAGUGAUUUGUCACUUCUUCUGCAAGACUGGCACCAGCAGAAAUGCAGUCUCAGAGGACCCCUGGGAGAAAGCGAGGCCGACCCCCACUUCACUCAACGCCUGUGAAGAUGGCAGUUCAUAACCUUUAUUCUGCGUCAGCUGGCUCUUUACCGGCAGUGAAGAUCCCAAAGAAAAGAGGGCGGAAACCUGGGUACAAGCUCAAAUCUCCGGUACUCCUGACUCCAUUGGCCCUCUCACCUCCGCGGAGUACGCCAGAGCCCGACCUCAGCUCCAUCCCUCAGGACGCAGCCACCAUCCCCAGCCUGGGAGUCCCUCAGGCGCUCACAGUCUGCCUCUACAUCAACAAGCAGGCCAACGCCGGGCCCUACCUGGAGAGGAGGAAGGUGCAGCAGCUCCCCGAGCACUUCGGGCCCGAGAGGCCGGCGGCGGUCCUGCAGCAGGCCGUGCAAGCAUGCAUCGACUGUGCCCACCAGCAGAAGCUGGUCUUCUCCCUGGUCAAGCAGGGCUACGGUGGUGAGAUGGUCUCGGUCUCGGCGUCCUUUGAUGGGAAGCAGCACCUGCGGAGCCUGCCUGUGGUGAACAGCAUCGGGUUUGUCCUCCGCUUCCUCGCCAAGCUGUGCCGAAGCCUCCUGUGCGAGGACCUCUUCAGCCACCAGCCCUUCCCCAGGCGCUCCAGUGCCGCCGAGGAAGCCCAGGAGAACCAGGAAGGCGGGAUGGAGACAGCCAAGACCUUCGCCACCGCAGAGUGCCGCCUGGCGACCGCUGCGGGCAUGAGCCGCUACAGCCUGGACCCCGCCGGCCCCGCCUUCAGCCACCGGGGCUCCGUGCCCCCCGCCUCCGCGCUGUACUGCAAGAGGCAGAACUCCGGAGAUGGCCCCCUCGGGGGCGGCCCGGCCGCCGGCGGUCCCCGCACCAGCCCCCUGUCCUCCGGAGGCCCCUCGGCACCCGGGCUGAGGCCCCCAGGCUGCAGCCCCAAGAGGAAUGGGACCUCUCUGGAAGGAAACAGAUGUGCCUCAAGCCCUUCUCCAGACGGGCAGGACGGCAGGCGGCCAAGGAGCAGGAACCCAUCCACCUGGACCGUGGAGGACGUGGUCCGGUUCGUGAAAGACGCUGACCCGCAGGCUCUGGGGCCUCAUGUGGAGCUCUUCAGAAAGCAUGAGAUUGACGGCAAUGCUCUCUUGCUGCUGAAGAGUGACAUGAUUAUGAAAUACUUGGGCCUGAAGCUGGGACCUGCGCUGAAACUCUGCUACCAUAUUGACAAACUGAAGCAGGCCAAGUUUUGAAGGUUUUUAGAAGCUAGAAGCAAAAGCCAGCCAGCAGAUCUCAAGAUCAUCUCUGCCUUACCAACAUCCAGCCACCAUGGAAAAACAGAUUCCCUUCUUCAAAACAACAGGCACAAAGACGGGGUCUUUUUACAAAACUCUUUGCCUUUUUAAAAAGUCAACCUGGCCCAUUUCAAAGGCUCUUUUGUGUUAAUGAUUUGCCAAAAAAUUACAAAAAUGCCUAUGAUCGGUAACAUUCCUAACAGGUUGGUUGCCAUCAGAGUGGGUCCUAUUUGGACAAUGAGAGAGUGGGGAACUGAGUGCUAUCACCCAAGGAGAACCCUGGAGGGUUCCAUGGGUGUGAAAAGAACCUUGGUCUCGCUCUGCAGGCCUUGUGGCCACGCCCACCACAGCACCACCUGUCUUUGACUGUGACCCGGGGACCUAUCAUUGUGAGCCUUGCUUGAUUCAGCUCUGGAAGCUGUCUUUGAAGAUAAAUGCCUCCCCUUGCACUAUCUGGAAAACUUGAAUUCUUUUGCUCUCUGAAAGAGAAGAAAAAACCCCUUUUCUAUUCCCAGUGAUCUGAAGUACUGUGUUACCCCACUAGAGGGCAGACUGCUAAUGAGAUUUCAGGACCCUCACUCCUGCAGGCGGAUAGGUCUGUCCUGGGCAGGAGGGUUAGGGCUUCUGUGGACAAGAUCUAGCCUACACAGCAUAGGGAACUUAUUCCAAGGUCGGCACCACAGAUUGCAAACUUGGGAAGAACUAAUUACCUCCCAAAGGUAAUUGGAAAGAAACCGUCUUCUAGAAGGUUCUAGUUCUUAGCCAAUCAUUAUUACGGACUGAUGCACAAGCAGCGAAGGCAAGAAGCUGGAAGUUCAUUCUUCCCAGAUGGGGCUUUGGAGUUUCUUCUCUUCCAGAAUCCUUACUGAGGUGUCGAUACAUCGGCCCGCCGAACAGUCCUAGCGACAUUUAGCCAUGGGUGUUUCUUUAAAAAAGAAGAAGAAUGUCUCAUCUAAGCUUUGAAAUGGGAGUGUUGAUUGCUAGUUACAUUGCUGGGUUAUGGAGUUGUAUCGGUGGCUAAUUUUUCUAGUCCUUAGCAAAUACGCAGACAUGCUAUUAUUGGGUUUAAUGCAAUUUACAGAGAGGUUUUCCUUCUUCGCUGUGGAGUAAUAGAAAAAAAUUGAUUUUCUGUCCCUUUGCAGCUGUGUCCAGGGAAGGACGAUGCAUCCACAAUUUCCUGGGCAGAAGGACAACUUUGUCUUCAUUCUUCUUCUUAUCCUUUUCCCUCUCUCUUUUUUUCCUUCAUCUUUCACCGAGCAGAAAACAUAUCUUCAAAAUGAAUUCACCUUUGCCAGGGGCAUAUCCACUUUCUUAAAAAAAUAAAAAUAAAAAUCCGUAGUUGGAGGUGAGGAGAUGAAGACCAGACUUUGCAAUCAGAAGGGUGAGGAUCAAAAAGAACCUCAGGGUUUCUCUUGGCCCAAAUAUACAUUAGAAAAGGCACGCCCACCUCCGGGAUGCAGCCUGAGCAGGAAUCUCGGCUGGAGAGUGGAACAGGCUGGGAUUUCAGCCCCCUCACCCCUCAACCAGUGCCCCUGUGCAGGACAUGGCCUGCACAAACCCCAAGGCAGCCCUGGGUAGCUUUGUAAAUUGAUUCUUUAGGAAUUGGUUAGAAUUAGAUGAAGAUCAUGAGAGAUACUCCAUGCCAUGCUGUGAGAGUCCGGAAACCUCACGACAACCCAUGUUUCUCCACUGUUUCUGCUCAACCCUCUGAAACUCAUGGUGCCUCUUCCAUCAACAUAUACCUCAUUUAGAGACUUUCACAACUUCCCACCCAGCCUCACUAGCACCUUCCUCACUACAAAAACAUGAGCACUGUGCCCCCAGGUUGAAACCAUCCCCAAACAAUGUCAAAGAGAGACUUUGGGUAGUUCUCAGGGGUGGGAGAUGUUUCCAUCUCAAGUCUAGGAGAAAACUGGAUCCAUGUUCACAUGUAACUGCUCUCAUGGAGGUGCUAUCUCAUUUCGCAUUAAACUUUAAGCAGGACAGAUUGCUGAAGCCAUGAUAUUUAAGGUUUGACUUUUUAAAAAUCUCAUUACUCUUAAAACGAAUGCUGCCAUAUCAGAGAAUAGCCCGGGGAGGAAAUUCUCCCUUGCCUGUUUUUGCACUGGAAUGCACUCAGCCGACCAAAUCAUUGUAGCAGUACUGCAAUAAUAAUUAAUUUUCACCCCUUUCAAAAAUCUUGUCAAACCAGGCAGCCAAAUAGCUUAGCAAAUGUAAAACAUGCCAGGCCAUUUCCUCUAAACAGACCUUAAAGAGUCAGGCCGUGUGCGUCGCUCUUGUCUAAAUGUGAGCUUAUUUGGGGCCCCACACUUGCACAGAUGUUGUAGUUGUUAUGCCACUGUCGUAGCUUUGCUCCAGGUUGUGACGAAUAACGCUAUAGUUUGCGUAUUUCCAAAUUAGAGAGUGCGUGUUCCUGUUCCACGUAUUUUCAAUUAUACUUUUCUUUAAACACUUUUUAAAAAAUCUAGACACAAUGCUAUUGCCUAAGGCAUUUUAAAUAUUUUAUGAAGCACAUUAUUGCUUUGGUGAAGACUUCACGUAAAAGACAUGAGGAGAGAGAGAGAGAGUGUGUGUGUGUGUGUGUGUGUGUGUCCUGACACUGUAGUUGGAAGAGCCUUAGGAAGUGGCUGGGAGUGUGUCAGCUACUAUUAUGUGUUUGGUUAAAUUUGUGUCCUCAGCUUUGUAACACGGAGGCAGAACGCGCUUACCUUCUAUCGCCAGCAGGGGGCGCCCUGGAGGCAGCUGGGGGCUUCUGGGCCCACCCAACGCCCAGAUGACUGAGGCUCCCUGUGACUGAGGGGAGAGGCCCCGCCAGGGAGACCUGUAGGCAAAAAGCAGUAUUCUCCAGCAUCUUGCUCACUGCCCACCAGCGUGGACACUGGCUCCUGGCAUCUCCCUUCAGCAGGGCGGCCAAGCUUUUCCUCCCAGUGGAAAAGGAGGGAAGGGCCCCUCGGGAGAACCAGGUACCAUGUUGAAACACGUGGCAAAGGAGUGCCGAGCUGAGGCUGGCUUUGCUUGAAAAGGAAAUCGGUGAGGGAGGGGAGACAAAACCAUAAAUUUCUUAGGAAAACCAGAAAAGGGCACCUCUUCUAACAGUCCCCAGCCCCUGAAGCUGCCAUAACCUAUUUUUUGAAUUUACAUCCUGUAUGAAAUAGUUCUUACUUUUUAAAUAUUAAAAUUAUUUUUUAAAUUGUUUUUUUUUUUUGAGAUUGCUUUAGGAGAAUUUUGUCAUAUAUCUGAAGAUAGUUGGAAAUGCUCAGAGGUGACCAGGAACUGGAAUUUAGCCAUUGUCAGUAGGUCUUGAAAGAUGAAAAGUUAUGUUUUCUUUCUAAAGAAACGGCCAGGUUUCUGUGUGUGCGAGCAGAAGGCGGUGCUCUUCGAUGUUUGUUCUGAUGGGACACUUUUUCAACUCUUCUCCGAUGGGGUCUCAUUAAAAAAGAAAUCUCAGAUAGCAAAACAUGGGACGGUGAAGGAGUAGAUACAUUCUUUAAAAUGCAAUCUUUUGUGAAGGGGAAGGGCGAAAACCUGCCGGUGGGUGUGGAUCAUAAACACACUCCAGGCUCCGAGCAGAGCUGCCUUGUCUCCUGCGUUUGCCUGUGGCGGGAGAAGGCGUGCCGAGGCCCGGCGCUGCACCCAGCAGGUGGUGGGACACCCAGAGGUGCGCCCGUUCCUGGGGGCGCCCUGCGACGUCAGUCCCGCGGCCACACCGCACCAGCACCUGAGCUUCCGGCCUCACUCCCGCUGUGCAGGCUCCCAGGGUGUCCUCCCUCCUCCUCGGAGAUGAGUCCUUCACGGACAAUUGGAAGCUGGAGUUUUGGAAACGCAGCAUUUACUUGAAAGAGAAUCGCUCUUAUUUAUUGCCGCCAGUUAAAUAUUACGGAAACAUGUCUGCUAACAAUUUGCUUUGUGUAAUUUGUUCUAAUGCUAAUAGACAGCAGCUGGGACACUUCCUGUGGCGCAUUCCGCUGUGGUUGCCGCGGUAUGCUCGCACAGGGACCUCACCAGCACGCUGCGCCCAGAAGAAAGCCCACGCCGCUCUCCCGCCCCGGGAAAUUCCCCUGCCCGGGAAGCAAAAGCACGUUUUCGAGGGAGCAUUUGCUGCUCUGCACUCUCUUUCCCAAGCAGGGCCCUCCAGGAAGAGCUUGGGGUUCUCCUCGCGCUGAGCACUGAUUUCCCCCAGAGGAGCAGGCAGCACGUCGAGCUGAAGAAUGACGCCCCCCUCCAGGUCCCGGGCUGGACCAGGGUUGGUUCUGAGAGGACGGGCAGGAGAGGAGCGGAGACCCACUCAAGAGCCCAGAGCUGGCUGGGCAGCCAACUGAAUAAUGAUGUCAGCCAGUGUGGGGACAGAGCAUCUUUCUGCCUAGAGCAAGCACGUCAAACUCGAGGCUGGGGGGAGGCGCUCCCAUGCCACGCUUGUCCAAAAGGGUCUAAAAUGCCGCUUAGACUUGCUCUGGGCUGCCAGCCCACCAUGCUCUGCUCUGUAGCUUGACCUCAUGACCUGAGCCUUAGAGGUGCUUCUGUAGAGGCUUAUUGCGAAGGCCAACCCCAAUGUCUUCCAUCGGAGCCUCCUGUGAAACCUACCCAAAGCCUCGCUUCUCCUAACAGCUCACUAUGGAAUAGCAGACCCUCACUGGGUGUCACUUCAUAGCAAGUGUGUGUGACCCGAGGCUGCCUCCCUCACCAAUGCAGCAUCCUCAACUGUCAGGGAGGCUCGCCCUCCCUAUCAUGGUGCUGGAGUGCCUUCCCCCACAGCCCCGAGAAAUGGCUCUGCCCCGCCACUUCCCAUUCGGAGGAGCUCACUCCCAUAGGAAGUGGCUUAUUUCUUUGUUGGACAGCUCUGCUUGUGAAAGUUCUUUCUCAGGGAGACACAGAUGUCUGUGAAUCAGACACAGACGUUUGAGAGGAAGCCAACUCUGCAAUCUUUCUCUUUUUCACAGAGCUUGUCCAAUGCAGUAACCACACCUAUUACACAAACUGACACUGGCAAGUAACCCCAGCCCCACUGCGUUAGGACAGAGGAGCAGACACUCGAUAUAAAUGUAGAACUCGGGUAAGGUCAUGGUCGCCAGGUUCAUCAGCCCUGUCAUAAAACAUGAGCGGGAUUUUUGUGGCCUCGUACCCACACAGAAAGGGUGGCCUGGAGAAUUUUCCAUGUAGUUGUAAAUCUGGCUGUGUUCACAUAAGCAUGUGAUAAAGUUACAUAAGCUUGUGUGAAUGAAUCGAUAAGGCCAGGCGCCUCCCAGUUGUUAAACUGUGAAAAAGAUGCUUUGGCACGCGGAGGCCCUGUCACCGAUUGUACUUACUGGUUGGUGAUAUAAUGAAGGAAGGAAGCUUUAGUUUAGAUGAAAGCAGGUUAUGAUUGAUGAUAGGAAAGUAAACAUGGUCUUUUGUGAAUUUAUGAAAGAGUCAGUUUAUGACCCCCAUACCCAAGUUAGAUGCCGUGCUUUGUGCAUGCAUGAGUGAGCGUGUAUUUGAGCUAAUGCAACGAGAAGUGGGAAUUGGGGAAGGUUUGAGAAGGGAUUGCAAAGGAGAUUUUGCAUUUUAGAGCACUCUCUCUUAGUCAGAAGAACUACCUAGCCAUGAUUUAGAAAUCAGACCCAAAAGUAUGCCAAGUAUGUAGUUGAUGUAGCUUGCUUAGAUAAAAUUCUGGAGCAGAUAGAUUCUCUAUGAAAAUACUUGCAUCUUGGUACUUGGGAAAAGUAGAUACUAUUCAGCACCUUGCCUAGUACCUGCCAUAUAAAAGGCACCUCACUAAUAUGCCUUGGCUGACUGAAUGAACGAAUGCUUGGCCAGUGUUCAUAUUUUCUCCAAAAAGCCACCAGUUUUCUUGAAGUCCAAUAUCUUUACUGAAAGAAAAUUGCAAAAGGAGCAGACCAAAAGAGGAGCACAAGGCCUUUCAUUUCCUCUGGCUCGUCAGGUGCUCAGAUAGGUCAACCUCCAUAGUCACUGACUUGUAUUUCACUAAUUUUUUUUUUUAAUGUUGUGUUUCUUUUAAAAAAUAUAUAUUUUUAUUGAUUUCAGAAAGAAAGGGAGAGGGAGAGAGAGAUAGAAACAUGAAUAAUGAGAGAAUCUUUGAUCAGCUGCCUCCUGCACGCCCCACACUGGGGAUCAAGCCUGCAACCUGGGAAUGUGCCCUGACCAGGAAUCCAACUGCGACCUCCUGGUUCAUAGGUCAGUGCUCAACCACUGAGCCACACCGGCUGGGCUCACUCGUGUCUUUUUGUCUUAAGAUUUCCCAUUCUGCUUGGCCUAAUGCUCCACUGCAAGCAUUAGAGAGUAAAAAGGAUUAUUUGCACCUUUACUUUUAAAACAUCUUUUCUCAAUCCAUAAUGCCUCUCAGAAAUGAGUAGGGUUUCCAUCAGCUGGUUAACUGCAGUUAGCUCUUUCAUGAUCUGUACACUCCCAAUAUCUUGCUCCCCUUGGGAAGGAGGCCAGUCCGGCUGGGCCUUCCCCAUAAGCCACUCUCACAUGUGCGGGUGGUAGGAAGACUGAGAGUAUGCAGCCCACGGGGAAUAGGUAGAUGAGAACUUCCCAGGUCCUCUUCCAUUUCUCACUCAUCUCCUCCCUUGAAAACAGAAUUAGAAAUAUCAGGGGAUUCUCUUUUUCCCCAAAUGGUUACAUAGGAGCUUUGGGCAUAGAAUCACAUGACCAAUUUUUUUUUUUCAUAACCACACCAAAACGUAGAGUGUUUCACCUUCAAAGAAAUCACCUCAAAAGCUUGAGUGCUGUUCCAAUUCGUUGUCAUUGCUCUGAAUAUUCUUAGUACAUCUCUUUUGGGGGCAUCUUUAGAAGCUAGGACACAUUCUUUUCCAAGUGAUGUUGGAAGCCCAUUGUGGUCGUAUGAGGGUGCAUGUUGUCUUUUGGAGUGAGCCACAGCCACUGGGGUGGUGUCUGGUGGACUAACAGGUGUAAAGUGAUGCGUCUCCAUGCUCAUUAGGUCUUUUCCUUGCGUGUUUCCUUACUGGGUACAAAUGGUUUAUGCAAUAACAGCCACAAUUCAUUUGAUAAUUUAAAUAUAUAGGCAGAUAUCAGUGUAAGGUGCUGCAAUGGAUAGACUACUUUGAAGGCCAAUAUUAAGUUCGCUUUAAAGUAAUCUCAUUCUGUAUCUUAGGCAUUGUUAGCUGAGAAUAUUGUGAUAAGUGCAAAUACACAGAGACAGUCCUCAGACCGAGAGUGCUAGAAUCCCAGAGGAACUGGGAGGAAGAAGCCUUGAGUGACACCUGGACGGCUCACCUCCAGUGAAUCGCCUUCUUCACCCUCUCUCCCAUGGGUUCCGCACCACCUGGCAGGGGCAGAUCUAUGGUGCAACACAAAAGAAACAAGCUGAGUUACUGCCCACCGCCCCUCCACCUCCGCAUCUGGAAAACGAGGCAGCUUCCAGAUGACCUUUAAAGGCAUUUCCAGCUCAGUUACCUUCAGCAAAGGCCAGUGGGGCUAUUGGUUCCUCGCUCUUCUGCUUCAUGACUUCUAGGUUCUGCCUCUCCUCCUGUCUGAUCUCAUCUAGAUACCUUCUCUCCCGGGCUCAUACCUCCUCCUCAAAGCCUUGUAACCAUCACUUUGCUAUCCCUUCUCAUUGUUUUUUACUUUCCAUUUCUUGCUGUCUCUUCAUGUUUCUUUGUUUUCUCUUUUUCUCGAUUCCACCAGCUCAAAUGCCUUUUGGGAAGGAAAAGGGUAGAGAGGGAAAUAAAAAAUUAGCAAGUUGCCUCUUCUCUCCCUGGCUUGGCAGCCCUGACCCUGGCCUGCCUUCCACUGUCCCAUCGUCACCCGCCCACAGCACUCCUUGGCUCUGUCAUACGUCCAGCCCAAUGUCCACUUGUUCUUUCCAUUUUCAAGGUCUAGCCCUUUCUGUCUGUCCUUGAGUUUGGGAACCAGAAUGUAAUCCCUUUUGACUGCUCUUCUGUGACUCACCCUGAUGGCUCACUAGUAACCAUCAUCAGCCUUCCUCAAGCACAAGCCCAAAUGCCCAUCCCACUCGGUGUCCCUCCUCCUUCAGCCCCGAAGGUCAAGAGUCAUGUGACCUGGAGCCCAUGUGACAUACCUCUUGAGAACCAUGAGUUGAGUUGUUUUUCCCAGCCAUGCUGCCUCCUGCAGUCUGUAUGGAGUCACUCUCACACCCAGUAGCAAUUCUGAUCAUUCCAAGUUCUUUAUAGAACAUGUAGCUUUGUCCAAACCCACUGACUGCAUCUACAAGUGACCAAAGCCAGGCCAGUGCCUCUGUUUAAGUGAGAUGGGUCCAGCCAGGACCAAAGAUAAGGCACAAUGAUGACAUCAGAAGCAUUUCUGGGAUAAGGUUUUGUUUUUAGACAUUUACAAGUCUGCUGAGAUGUGUGCAGUAUUAAGUGGCUUAAGUCUGGGCAAGGGAAGAUGAUGAUGUAUUUCCCACAAGGAAAUGUGGUUUAGGGGAGGGGCAAAGGCAGCAACAUUUUGGAAAGGGCAUGCUCUAUUCCUGGCCUUUAUCCAGCACAAUCACACACCCUCAAGGUCUUUCUGGAAGUUAAACUUGCUUCCUCCACAGGAACUGGAAGUGUUUCUGCCACGUGUGAGAGUUUGGAGGACUGGUUUCUUUGUGUGCAUAUUCACGUGUGCAUUUCUAUCAUGUCAUAAACCUCAAUAUUUAAUUUGCUGUCGUUGUUCAGCAAUAUCUUUGAUCACUUGAAGAUUUUUUUAAAAACUGAGCUCAUCUCAUCCUGAAAUUUUGAAUUAUCAGUUGUUUCAUAUAGCAGACAUUUCCAUUUUACAGACAUAGUUGAUUAGAAUGUUUCUCUUCUGUAAAUACCUAGAAAUAAUUUUGUUAUUAUAAAGAUUUUAUACUUUACCUACAUUUGUAGAUAAAGUUUACUUUUUAUUCUGUACAUACAAGAAAACCAAAUCAAUGAAUAAAAUCAAAUCAUUUCAUCAUAACUGUCUUCUGUUGCUAUUUUCUCUUUACAUUCACAGUAAAAAAAUUUUCUUAAUUAGGUGCUAUCGUAACCUCUCCAAGCAUCAUGAGGCCCAAAGGUUUGUGUUUUACUCGCCAUGAGAGGCUGUGAUUACCUGGCAAGGCUCUUGCUAAGUAAUGAGGGCAUCUGAGGAAGCGGAAAUCCAUGUUCUCUAAGCUUGUGAGGUUGAAUGCUGAUGAUUGAAAUGUUAUGCCUUUUGUUUUGGAAGCUGAGGGGCUUAUUUUCAGAUUCUUUCAUUCUGUAACUCGGCUUUAGUUAAUCUCGUGUUUCCACCGCUGUAGUCUACCCCUCUCCCCGAUAUACCCAGGCAGGAGGCUUUCUGAUCUCUCUCCAUCUGGGAAAGUGGCAGCUGCAACCUCUCUCUGGGGAAAGCUUCUGUCUUUAACGUGCACUGCAUGAAAGAGCCAGGAACCAAGGGUGCAAAUAGGUCACCUCCUCAUCUCCAAGGUCACUGCCUCAUCUCCUAGGUCACCUCCUCAUCUCCCAAAGAGAAAAACAGGGUUGCCCACAUUUCCUUUUCCCUGCCUAGAUGGUCUUCCCUCCCUUCUAAUUAAAGACCUUUAAAGUGUGGGUGUGUACAUAUUCUUAUGUGCAUUUAUGGUUGAGUUAGGGAAUUUGAGACAAUGGUCAUCCAGCAAAAGCUUGUGCAUCCUUUGCUUGUCUGAGGCAUGUGUGCAAGAAGGAGCUGGUGUCAGUACUGUGGGUCCUCUAAUUACUUGAAAAUCCAUUGUGCUUUCACCUUUUGUGGGCACAAUGUAAUUUGGGAACGUUACUUCAAUUCCAUGCUUUAUUUAGAAGUGCUUCGGAAGUGUGGCGGUUUGAAUUUAGGAAAUGGUGUAUAGUUAGGGCCUAGCUUUUUAAAAAAAAUACCAAUGGAUCUAAUUUUGCAGACCAGAAAUCCGUGAAUAGAACUCAUUGUAAUGGGGAACGGCAUUUACAUAGGAGAGAAAGAGCAGUAAACUCUGCCAUCUGGGGAAAGAGCCUCUCCUUAAUUUUUGCUCUUUGCAAGCAUGAUGCAAUCAGCAUUUCCUAAUAUUGGGACAAUCCCCUCACCUCGAAGUGUUCCUAUGUAAUUGUGUCACAUAAUGGGAAAUUAUAACAGGCAAUUUGGUUCUGUAAUUCAGUUUGCAAAGCAUGCAAACAUAAGAUAACUAGGUUACAUGCAAAUAGGCAUUACACUAAGGUACAAAAACCAGGGGGAGAAAAGAUGCAGUGUCCAUAACUUAGAAACAACCUGAAUUUUAUUCCUCAUGUGCCUCAAAGCAUAGUUUAUUAAAGUAUUUAUCCUCUAGUUUAACUUCAUCAUGUACUGUUUAUACAGAUACAUUAUCUGUGUAUGGACAUACAGGUAUUCUACUGCAUAUAUUUACAAAUCUCUCAUCUGCAAUAAGCAGGCUCCCAGCAAAUCAUGUUCUUUACGAUUGAGUUGAUGUGCUCAUUUUGUUUUUACAAUGUACAGUGUUUUAAUGAAUAGACUAUUAUAUAUAAGACAUCAUAUCAAAAUGUGCUUUUAAUUUUUCAAAGCCUUUUUGCUGUUGUUUGUAACUUUUUCCUUUGGGCCAAUUCUUUCAUUAUUGAGAAGUCUCUUUUUGAUGUACUCCCUUAAACAGUGACUGGUAGGUACACUAUGGUCAGAUAUGUACAGUUUCAUCAAAUAUACUGGCCUUAAUGAUUUUAAUAUUUGGGCGUGUUUGUUUUUAAUUUUGGAAGCAGUGUUUUUUUUUCUAGUACAGUGUAUCAUGGGCCUGAGAGUGAUUCAAUAAAAUUUCUAAGUCUUAAGAUUCCAAGACAGUGCAGUAUUUUCUGUUCAUGCUGUAAAAAGUAUUUCUGUAUUUUUAAUAAAGAAUGGAAUUUA